AUGUUCGCUCCUCAUAAGAGCCAGGAGAUUAGUCACAUCUACGAACGAAACAAUGAAGCGACACUCUAUAUAGCCAACCUAGACGCCCAAGUGGACGAAGAAAUCCUGUGCGAGCUGUUUAUGCAAUGCGGUAACGUCAAGAAUGUGCACAUCCCUCGGGACAAGAUCAAUGGGUUCCACGCAGGCUACGGCUUCGUCGAGUACGAAUACGAAUACGAGUGCGAGUACGCGGGGAAGGUGCUGAACAUGACGAAGCUGUUUGGGAAGCCCCUGCGGUGCAACAAGGCGUCCCAAGACAAAAGGUCCUUCGACGUGGGAGCGAAUCUCUUUAUAGGAAACCUAGACGCAGAGGUGGAUGAGAAAAUGCUGUUUGAUAUCUUCUCCUCAUUUGGCCAACUAGUAACCGUUAGGAUAAUAAGAGACGAAAAUGAUACCUCCAAAGGACACGGGUUCAUAUCGUACGAUAAUUUCGAGUCCAGUGACAUGGCCAUAGAAAAUAUGAAUAACCAAUUUAUAUGCAACAAGAAGGUGCACAUAUCUUAUGCUUUUAAAAAGGACUCCAAGGGGGAGAGGCAUGGCACAGCAGCUGAACGAUUUAUUGCGGCCAACAAGGCCCUCAGUUCAUACUCUGGAAAUGAAAGCUCCAAUCAUGUCAUGCCAUUUAAUUCAUCCGCUGCAGAAAAUGCAGCUAAUAGUAGGCGCGGAAAGAAUAAUAGUGCCUCUCUAAAUGGGGAGAACAACCCAUUCGUACGAUCGCCUUUAACUUCCUCUAAUGCUAUCAACCCACCUUCAAGUGACUCGAUGCCACCGAUUAUGCAUUCCUACUUUCCGGGGAACAUGCCUCCUCCCAUGGGGUCCAGUUUUGCACACCAACCGAUGAACAUGCAUGGCGGCAUGCGCCCCAAUGGCUCCUUCAUGAUGCCCCAGAAGAUGGGCACCCGGAUGAUGGGGAACAUGCCCCCCAACAUGCCCCCAGGAAUGCCUAUGAAUAUGCCCCCCAACAUGCCGCCAGGCAUGCCCAUGAAUAUGCCCCCGAACAUGCCCCCGAACAUGCCCCCGAACAUGCCCCCGAACAUGCCCCUAAACAUGCCACUGAAUAUGCCCCCAAAUAUGCCCCCGAACAUGCCCCUAAACAUGCCGCUUAACAUGCCGCUUAACAUGCCCCCCAGCUUUCCCCCGAACUUCCCCCCGAACUUCCCCCCGAAUUUCCCGCCAUCCUUUGCGCCAAACUUCCCACCCAACAUGCCGGCCAGUGUGCCAGCCGGUGUGCCCCCCAACAUGCCAACCAGUGUGCCCCCCAACUUCCCUCCAAGUUUCCCCCCCAACUUGGCGCCCACCCCCCAGGCCGGCAUGCAACUCGGCGGCUCGCUGAACGCAUCAUCAACUGCGGAGCCGAGUCAGAGUGGCCCCAGCGAGCAAACUGAAGUCGCGGGGGGGUAG